AAAACAAAAUCAACGGUUUCCAAGAUGAAAGGGUUAAUAUUUAAUCAACAAUCAGUGGAGAGGGACAAUUUUUAACGUGGUGACAAUUAAGUGCGAUUGUUAAUUGUUGACAAAAUGGCUCGAGCACCGCCAAAGAUUUUACUCAUUUCACUUGAUGGAACUGAUUAUGUUGGAUCGAUUCUUAAUAUCGCCACAAUUUUACAUAGUCGUGGGAACGAUGUUUAUGUUACUAAUAGACGGAAACAUCAGUUCGCAGCGGAAGCUAUUGGACUUAAAUUUAUCGCUUUUGAAGAAAUCGAUCCAAAUUAUGGCGAGUUAAUCGGCGAUGUGGUUAUCCCUUGUAUGACCCGAUCAAUGACCAAGGUCAAUAUGCCGCCAUUGGAAAGGUUAAAUAGUUGGUCAGGUGAAGAUACUCAAAUUUUGGUCGCUCUUUUAAGAGAGCUCGUUGUAAUCGAUAGACUGUUGCGAUCAUUGGCCGUCGAUUUGAAGCCUGAUCUUAUUAUUGGUGACACAAUUUAUCCUCCGGCCUUUUUUAUGGAAGACAGAAUUCCCUGUAUUCCAGUUUAUUCAGUGAACCCGCUUGGACUUUACGUCAAGUAUGGACUUCUAUCGGGAACUGGAUUUUCAGUCCAUGGGGACAGAAGUUUAUGGGAAAAAUAUCGAGAAAAAGAGAAAGUGAUCAACGAACGUAUUUGCGGUCAUUUUAACGAAUGGUAUUCGAAUUUUGGAUUUCAAGUGACCGAUAUGAAUUUACAUCGCACUUUUGCUAAACACUUUGGUAUUUACAUUUAUCCAGAGGUCUUAGAUUACACUGACCUUGGUCCGACUCCAACUAAUUGGGUUCGACUUGAUCCAAUUAUGCGAAAAUCUAGUGGACGUCGAUUCCGAAUGCCCGAAAAAUUGGCCAAAAAACCCGGUGCUUUGAUCUACCUGUGUAUCGGUACUGCGACCAGAGUUCAUGUCGCUAUAAUGAAUCGUUUAAUCAACACUUUCGGUAAAAGUAAACAUCGUUUCAUCGUUUACAAAGGUCCAUAUGGAAGCCAAUUGACCUUACCUGAUAAUAUGUGGGGUAAAAAUGAUCUUGACGAAGUUGCUGUUAUGUCGGCUGUCGAUCUGAUUAUCUCUCAUGGUCACAAUGAAAUGAUCUAUGAGGGUUUGUACUUUGGUAAGCCGAUGAUGUUAAUGCCGCUAUUUUUCAAUCAACUGGACAACGCUCAAAGGUUUGUGGACUUGAAUCUUGGUGUUCGGGUUAAUCCAUUUGUUUACGACGAGGCGGAAAUUCAGGUCAAAGUUGACAAUUUACUUCAAGACGUUGAUUUACACGCAAGAAUUAAAAAAUUUUCGAGAAAAUUAAAAUCGACACAAAAUCAUCACAAAGUCGCAGAGAUGAUUGAACAAGUAGCUCGAACUGGAAUUAGUCCCGUUUAAUUUACUUUUUUUUUAAUUUGCUUUUCUUAAUUCGUUUCUUAAUCAAAAUGCUUUUAAUUUCUCUCAAAAUUUAAGAUUAAAUUGUACAAUUAAAGGACGAUUAUUAUUGA